GGACGUUUCGGACUUUAUGAUUACAUCAGAGAAGUCGGGCCUACCGGUGAGAUUUUAGACCGGUGCACGUUGAGCAAAGAUUACUUUACCAAAAAAUAACAUCAAGAAACAUGCCUAGCUGGUUCGGCAUCGAUCAUCGGACACUGGCUGUUGGGACAGUAGCCCUAACUACAGGCGUCGCUGCUUUCUCUACUUAUAAAUGGUUGUCAGAGAGGAGAAGGCGUGCCGCCGACAACGUGUACGAAUCAGAAAAACUGUUAAGUGAAUAUUUGGUGUUCCACUUUGGGUCACAGAAAGAUGUUCUGCGAUAUGACUUUGGUCCAGUUGAUGCUCUUGACUUCCCCAAACGAUGUGCGGAUGUCUGCCUCAAGCACACAGAUGGGUUAGAGUCACGUAUUCCCUCCAGAGCGCUAGAUAUUGGGUGUGCUGUAGGCAGAUCAAGCUUUGAGUUAGCCAGGAAGUUUAAGGAAGUGAUCGGAAUAGACUACAGUCAAUCAUUUGUGGAUGCCUGUAUCCACAUGAGGGAUCUCCAGGAAAGAGUUUACUUUGUUCAAGAUGAAGGACAGCUCUCCACACCUCAUUUGGCCAAAGUUGCUGAUGAUAUUGACCGAUCCAGGACCAGCUUCCAGCAGGGGGAUGCAUGUGACCUUGCCCGUGACCUUGGCCAGUUCGGAUGUGUACUUGCUGCAAACUUGAUAUGUCGUCUCCAUCAGCCAUUUAACUUCCUUCGCAGACUUAAGGAGUUGGUGGCACCUGGUGGAAUCCUAGUGAUUACCUCCCCUUAUACCUGGCUACAGGAGUUUACUGACAAGAGUGUCUGGUUGGGAGGUUAUAAUGACAAAGACGGUAACCCAGUGACCGGAUUUGAGACCCUUAAGAAGGAAUUUGGACCACACUUCGACUUGGUGGAAGCCAUGAAUAUGCCAUUCUUUAUUAGGGAAACUGCACGCAAAAAUCAGUGGACAGUGGCCCAUUGUACGGUUUGGAAGAGGAAGACAAACUAGUCGGACUUUUACAUAUAACAUGUAAAAUCAAACAGGAAAUAAAUGUCAAUAUUUA